GAACUUGUAGCACACUAGUUGCGUUGACGCUGGUCUGGCCAGCGGCUUUAAGUCGUCGCAGGCAAUCAAAGGGCUAUGACUUCACCGCAACUAGGCCAGCCGCCCAAGGCGAAAAAGCAGAAGCGGGAGAAACCUUUGCUGGAGUCCCUACCUAGCGAUGGGCACCCGGGCCACUCCAAAUUUGCGAGAGCGUUGGCAAGCACCGAUUAUCAGACGCGCGAGAAGGGACUGCACGCCUUGAAAUUUUGGUUGCUUCGUAAAACGGACUUGCAUGAGUCUGACAUGUCGAAGAUUUGGAAAGGCCUUUUCUACUGCUUCUGGCACUCCGAUAAAGCGCCAGUCCAGGCUGAGCUAGCGGAGCGGCUGGCGGCCAUCUUGACUCAACUUCCGGAGCAGUCGGCAUACCUGUACUUUACAGCUUUCAUGGCCACAAUGCGGCGCGAAUGGUUUGGUAUUGAUCGGUUGCGCAUGGACAAGUUCCUGAUGCUGAUCCGGAAAUUCAUCCACCAUAUGCUUGGGUGUCUCAAGGCGUCGAAAUGGCACGCGGACCUCGUCCAGCGCUACGCGGACUACCUGCACCACCAUGUUGUGCUGCCGGGCGAUACCUUACCGGCCGCGGGCGUUGCGUACCACUGCAGUGACGUGUUCCUGGACGAGCUUCGAGGAGUGGCGGACGGCAAGUCGAUCCCGGCCAGUGCACUUUCGUCCUUGCUGUCGCCCUUUAUGGCGGCAUUGCAGAACGGGGAGCAGGCGGUCUUGCAGCGUAUCGGGGAGGGCCUCUUCGAUACGCUACUCUCGGAGCUCGCGAGCCCAACGGACGAUUCGCACUACCUACAGAAGCUCGAUGUGACAGCACUAGCUGCCCAGCUGUUCGAGCGGGGAGCUUCACCAGGCACACGUGCGCGCAAUCGGCAGGUCCUGUAUGACCUGUCCGGCGCACUGGAAAAGCUUCAGCGGAAACGCCAGCGUGUAGACGAAGGCGCUCAGGCUGGUCCGUCGUCGCGGAAUGAGGAAACGCCGAAGGCCACGAAGAAGCAGCUGAAAGCGAAGCGGGCGGCGGUGGCAGCAGCAGCCGCGGCUGAAGCCAUAGCUGCGGCUGUGCAGCCUUCGGCCGCCAAUGGCGAUUUGAGUCAUGUGCAAAUGGAGGAUGCCCCGGCAGUGGAGCUGAAGCGUAAGGCGAAGGCGUCCGACUCCACAGCGCCCGAGCCUGGGCAGCACGAAGGCUCUCCGGCGGGAAAUGGGAAUCAAAAGCCAGAGACAGCGAAGCGGAAGAAGCUGGGGAGCAAGAAGCAGCGUGCCGUGGAGAUGGCGCAGAAUGGCGGCAGCGCUCUGGAGGCUGCGACGAGCCCAGUGAACUCGGCGCCAGCGUCUGCCAAGGCAGGUGCCAACGGUCACGGUGCAGGUGCCUCGCACAAGGAGCCAACAUCGGGUCAAAAGGCAGCUCUGCGCGCCUCCGUUGCCAAGCUGAGCGCUUCCCUCGAUGCGGCUGCCUCUGCGGCGCACGAGCCCACCAAGCAGAAGAAGUCCCCGGGGCCAGCACAUCAGGAGCCGCUUAAGGAUGAUGGGGCUGUGGCGCAGCACGCUUCUACGCCGGGAUCUGCCUCGGCUGCAAAGCCUUCGGCGCUGGGUAAACGCCCCACACCCGGGAGCACAGCCAAGGCAGGUCCGGCUACGGCCCAGAAGGUGCACCUGCAGGGCAACGGGGCGGCGGCCACAGCCAAGACCCCCGUCCAGCCGAAAGAAGACGAUAAUCAUGGAGGCCGCUCACAAGCCGUCACCACUGCGAAGAAGGGUCGGGUGGUGAUCAACCUAAAGAGGAACUUGUACUUCGAGCACGGCGGCCCGAUACCGAACCCAGACCUCCGCACGCCCCCCCCAGCACGCGCCAAGGGUGGGAUUCUGAAGAAGACGGCCCAGUCAUGUCCCCCCAAGGUGGCACUUGCAAGCGCACCUAAUUCGACGGCCAAGCAGGGGCAUUGCAAGCAGGCAUCAAGCAAGCCGACGGUCAAGGUCCUACCCAAACAGGCACGGCGUGCUAGCGCAUCCUUAUUUUUCUAACGGUUUGCAGAAGGCACAAUGGCAAGCGACAUAUUAGUUUUCGGUUAGUAGUUGGGGGCUUUUUGGACAAUCCACGCAAGCGAGCGAUUUCACUGCGCAUGCGCCUAUAGGUGGGUUGCAGUUGUUGGACUGAAGGGUGUACAGGAGGGACCAGUGCAGGAGGGUGAGGCGGCCUCCAUACGAUCCUGACAUGCAUUCGACCACGUAGGGUCAAUUAUAGUGCGUUUUCAGGGGUAUGUGGCUUCGGCGGGAGAGAAACUAGGACGAGGUGAGGGAGCGUGAAAGCACAGAGAGGGGCGGCGGUCAUGUGCGCUUAUGCUUGGGGUGUAGCUGUGGCAGUUGUCACUCAUGUUCCGUUGCAAAUAAGUGUCUCGUCACACCUUACUGCAAAUGACUGUCUGGCAAACGCGAAAUGAAGGCGAAAUGAACUGCACGCUGGAGGAAAUGGUGUAGUUCGUGUGCCUCAGUUGAUGCGAUCGCCGGCUAGCAAGUGUUGCUUGAGGGGCUCCGGCAAUUCGUAAUAGCGAUGACUAAGUGUCGUGGCAUCCCGUGAGGCUGCCAGUUAAAGGCCUUCAGGACUUGAGCUUCGGCUCUCAUACAUUAUAAUGGCACGCGCUUUGGCCGGUUAGCGCCUGUUGUCUCAUGUUUAUCCUAGCUGGUAUCACGGAGUGGGGAGACCGUGUAUGAGCUUUGGAGCCUUCCUAUGACAUCUGCCUUCGGGUGGAACGAGCGAGUGAGGGCAUGCCCGACCGAACUGUUAAUGCGUGUAGAUGGUACACGACGAAUCCAUGACGUGUCCGCGAAUGGGAAAACUAAAGGUACUU